UCAUGUCGGGUACACAUAUCACCGGCCAUGAUGCAAGGUGUCACGGGGAUUUGUGCACCCGGUGAUUUGUGUACCCUUGUGCUUUCCUCGCCGUCCCAAACCGUGACAACGUUUCAAGCAAUUGAUAUUACUGAAUACUCGUCUCUAGGCGUCGUUUUGAGAUUCACUCCAACAUUAGUUGGAGACGAUUGCAGACUCAGCUGCAAGCAUAGAUGGGUCUACAAGCCUGCAGUUCUCAACUUGCAACUGGGGAUCGCUGUAGGAGCAUUGAUGUGCACGCGUGUAUGCCAAUUAGAGACUUAUGGACGACCUGGUCAUGUGUACACACGGACGGACGGAGAUCUUAACACAGCUGGCAAUUUAAGAUGAUGUACUGCUUGCUGCACAUCACCCAACUGACUGACAGAAGUGAUCUCACUGUUUUCAGCUUCUAAAGGAAACCUAGCUUCUCGCCCAUGCAUUAAAAAGAAAGGAGUGAACUUGGUGGACUCUUGAACACUGGUUC